AUGUUCCUUUCCGCCACACGUAAAGCAGAAGGUUUCUUGUCCGACCUGAUUUUCCUUCUUCGAGCGAUCACCUGCGACGACCAACGAUCGUCCAGUAACGACCCGCAGCGAUCACCUUCAACGAUCACCUGUGACGACCAACGAUCGUCCAGCAACGACCCGAAGCGAUCAUCUGCAACGACCAACAGCGAUUACCUGCGACGACCAGCAACGACCCGCAGCGAUCAUCUGCAACGACCAACAGCGAUUACCUGCGACGACCAGCAACGACCCGCAGCGAUCAUCUGCAACGACCAACAGCGAUUACCUGCGACGACCAGCAGUGAUCAACGUCCCUUUACUUCAACUCAAAUAACCUUUCCUUUUCACAACAUGGAUAACAACAAAGAUUCAGGUUCCUCAUCAGGCCGACAUCGAAGAAAAUGGAAUGCUCUACCUGUGGAUUUAGAAGUUCCAAAAGAAGUUGUUACAGCAGUGAAGGAAGAGGUGUCUCCUCAGUAUGAACACUAUUUAUUACUUCUACAACAACGUAACAGGAUGUUGCGUAAAUUGAAAACCAAAAGUAGCCAGGAGAUUGCAUUAGAGAGAAAAGAGCAAGGAUUCACCCUCUACAUAAAUGGAGCUAAUGCUGCCUUUACUCAAGGAAGAGUUGCUCCCCAACCACCCUCAACCAACCAAAUUUCUAAUCACAAAGCUCAUUCAAGAAGAUACCUGGCAACUACACAAUUAAUAUCUAGGCGAUAUAAAACAAUGAUGGAUCAUCAACAACUGAAGGAACUUGAACUUGACUUGGAGCAAGAACUUAAAGAACGCCAGGCAGCCAGAACUGCUCCUUUAAACAAACCACGCAGGAAACGAUGGAAUUUAAAAUCUCUAGAUCUCAAAUUGGCAGGCAUGAGUGAUAGUGUUACUUCUGUGGAAAGUUACGAUGAUGAUUUUGAAUCAGAUCAUAGCAGCAACGAACAAUCUCUUGAUAAUGAUUGGACUGAGGAAACCAGUCUUCAUGAAGACAAUGAGAUACUUGCCCCACAACCUCCAUUGAACAGUAAACCCAAGAAUAAUUACAGCAGGCCUCAUUACAGCCCACGUGGACAAAAACUGACCUUAAACAUUACUGAUAUUAAGAAAUUAAAAGACAGUCUUGAAGCAAAUCCUCUUUUACAACUAAGUGUUGCUGAAGAACUCAGUUCUAGUGAAGAAUCUGAUAUUCCAGAAGAAUAUAAUGAAGUCAAUGAUGAUAAUUCAAACUCAGGGAGCCAGGAAUUUGAUUCUAACCUUUUUAAACAUGAUGAUCAUGUUGUGCUAGAAUUUGGAACUCUUGCAAAAAAAAGUGAAAGAAAAUUAUGCUCUGUUGCAAGAAAAAAUUCUGCUGAUGGCUUGUCGGUGAUGGAGUCUAUUGAAAAAGAUGCUGUACUUGCGGCCAUCGAUGCUGAGAAUAACCAGGUGAGUGACCAGUCACUAAGCAACUUCCUAGCGUUCAGUCAUAUACAGCAGCAGAAGCAGCAACAGACAACUGAACAGCCAUUUCCUGCUCAUAUCUCUCCAAGGUCUGAAGCAUUAACUGAACAAGAUAUUUCUUCAGUCACCAAUAAUGUAUUACUUAUGAAACCCAGGCAGCAAAUAAAUUUAAUCAAAAUGCUGGGUAAACUUGAGGAAAGUGCAAGUGCUUUAUUGUCUAGCCACCAAGAACAGAAAGCCAAAGCAAUCUUAUGUCCUGAGAGUGAAACCAAUAUUUCUAUCCAUCUGGAACUUUUGACCAACUGGGGUCAUGAAAAGAAAAUUGGGCUUACUGAAAUCCAACUCUUUCACAAGAAUGGUAAAAUUAUUCCGAUCCAGCCUGAAGAGAUAAGUGUGAAGAACGCCACAAAUGAAUCUGCUUCUAUUCAUACUCUCUUCAACGGGAAAGCAAAAACCAGCAAAAUUAAGAACAUGUGGAGCUGUGAUUUGAAUGCGGAUCCUCCUGUUGUAAUUGGCAUACAUUACAAAAAUACUCAACAGAGUAAAGAACUCUCUUUGGCCAAAAUAAAAAUAUGGAACUAUAAUCAUAAUCUAAAGGAUCUGAAUAUUGGAGUGAAAUGCAUGAAGAUUUUUGUUGGUGAAGCACUCUUCUAUAAUGGCAAUAUUGAGAAGGGUUGUGGAAACCAUAUUUUUGACUAUAGCACCACCAUUGACCUCUCUACCUCAGUUCCUGCUUCCUUGCAAGUGAACAACAACAACAUCUGCCUCCUCUCUAAACGAAGCUCUACAGAUGGUGACCUUUAUAAACUUUCCCAUUGCCAACCACAGCUUUUGAGAAAAACUUCUUUGAGCCGAACCAGUUCACCGAUACUGUCUCCAACACUUUGUGUAGGCCAGCCCAAGAUCAGCUCCCAGAAUGCCUCUAUUGAAUUUGAAGAUUCUCUUGAAGCUAGCCCAAGGAGUAAUAAAAGUUUGAACUUGCCACUUCUGUCCUCAAAGAACUUGACUCCACAUGAUAGAAAGCCCAGUUUUGAUUUUCUAAAGAGAGACUGUUCCUCUGAUGGCUUAUUUGCUGGAAGACCUGGAAAUGCUACCAAAGAAAGUCCUCGGGCACAAAGAGCUGAGUUUGAAGUUGGCAGCUUCAACAGAAAUUAUUUGAAAAACCUCAAAGGACAUGAUGAGACGGAAAUCUUACCAGAUAUCUUUGACUACAAAUCAUUGAGUCCAAGAUAUGCUGCCAAACAAAAAGAAAGUGCAACAGAUUUGGAUAAAAGUCCAAUUUCUCCUGAUUCUACAAUCCACGUCUCAGAGAGAGUAAAGAAAAAUAAAGAUUCUUUUGAUUGGCUGGAAGAUGAUGAUGAAGAUAUUUUGUGCCAAAUCUCUGAAAACUGUGAGAAGCAGCCAGAUAGUUCACAUUGUCAAUCCACUCGCAGACGCAAUUCCCAGCCACUAGAUGAUCUCAAACAAACAUCUCUGAGCCUCACUGACAAAAUCUGGCACGAGCCACUAGAGAAAUUGGAUCGGCCAUUGUUAUCAAAAGAUAACACCAACCAACUCAUUGACCAGUGUAUGGGGGACAGUGUUGAAAUCCCACGGCAGCCAAUUCUGAAACUACGAAAUAAGCCUGACAAAUCCAAUUCCCACUUGAGGCCAAGAGUUAAAAGAGAUGGUUCAGGAGUCUGUUCGUCACCAAGUGUAACAUCGACCCCUUUACGUACAAUUCUUGAUGAGGAUUUUCCAGACAAAGCUGUUGAAUCCCAAAUUGAAGAUCAAUUUAACAUGGACAUAGAUGAGACAGAAUUUGGAAGGUGCACUCCCAUGCAGAAAAUUCAAAAGAAACGAGCAAAAUGGCGAGGCCACUCAGAUAAUAAAUUGGAAGAAUAUUGGGGAUCUCUGAAUUAUUUUAAUCAUCUUCAUCGAGGACGACUCUCCAUGGAUGGGGAUAUUUUGGAUAAGUAUUUAAAUGAGGCAAAGACUAAUUCAUCACAAGCGGAACUUGCUGUUAAUCCUCAUUUGGAAACAUCAGCCAUAACCAGGCAUGAGAAACAGAAAUGUAGAUCGCCAUCAGAUGAUGAUUUUAUUAUACCAGAACUGCCCUAUGGUCAGGAAUUGGUCAUCAACAUUCGAACAACCUGGGGAGACAAGCAUUAUGUUGGGCUUACAGGCAUUGACAUCUUUUCAGAUAAAGGAGACUCAAUUGUUGUGAAAAAGAUUUUGGUCUGGCUGUUCUCUCUCAUAUUUUAA